AUGCCUGCAGCAAAAGACUGGGAAAGAAAGGCUCAAAUCUGCCGUGACAUUCUCGAGAACUCAAUUCCGAAACAAUGGCUUCUUCCUGCAGAUAAGCUUCCGACGAAGCAGCAGCAUAAUGUUACCAACGUUCCUUAUACAUGUGGCAUCCUCUCCGCUGAAGAGCUUGAAAUGACUGAACAGACCGCCGCUGGACUCCUGAGCAAGUACCAGUCCGGUGCAUGGAAGGUCGAGGAUGUUACCGUUGCAUUCCUCAAACGGGCCACGAUUGGUCAACAGCUCCUCAACUUUGUUACCGAGUUUCUCACAGAGGAAGCAUUGGCGACAGCAAAAUCUCUCGAUAAGCAUUUCGAGACCACAGGCAAACUCAUCGGUCCGCUCCACGGUGUGCCUAUCAGCGUCAAAGAACAUGUCUCCUAUGGGGGCAAGAUCACGAACGCUGGGUUCGUGAGUCAGAUCGACAACAUAGCCAAGGAAGACGCUCUGCUUGUCAAACUACUCAAGAAGGCAGGUGCAGUCAUCACAGUACGGACCAAUCAGCCGCAAUCCUUGAUGCAUUUGGACUGUGAGAAUAACAUCACUGGAGCAACAUUGAACCCUUAUCAUCUCAAGUUGUCCCCCGGUGGGUCAUCUGGCGGAGAAGGAGCGUCGAUGGGCUUCAAAUGUGCUGUUAUUGGUGUUGGCACGGACAUCGGUGGAAGCAUUCGUGCUCCUGCUGCAUUCAACAACUCCUACGGACUCAGACCCACCACUCAUCGCAAUCCUUAUAUGGGUCUUCACGGCGUGCUCGGCGGGCAGGAGAGUAUCAAAGGUGUGAUCGGUCCUCUUGGUCAGAGUAUCGAUGAUCUAUGGCUGUUCCAAAAGACGUUGAUCGACCAAAAUCCUCAUGAUAUCGACACAUCUUUGAUUCCAUUGCCAUGGAGGGGAGAGCUGGAUACUCCUAAAGACAUCACUGUCGGUAUCAUGAUGACUGACGGAGUAGUCAAACCUCAUCCUCCUAUUCUCCGCGCGCUCGAGACUGCCAAGUCGAAGCUUCAAGCUGCAGGUGUCAAAGUUGUCGAGUGGGAAAACUUCAAGCACGACCAUGCGUGGGACAUUGUGUCAGCCCUCUACUUCCCCGACGGAGGCAAACGCGUUGAAGAUGCUCUUGCAGCUUCUGGCGAACCAAUGCUGCCUCUUACACGCCAUGCUUUGAACUACUCCAAAGCAAUCUCUAUCUCGGAGAACUGGGAGCUCAACGUGAUGCGCGAAAACUACAGGCGCGAGUAUCAUGCUUUGAUGAAGGAGAGAGGUGUAGAUGUCAUCUUGUGUCCUGCAUAUGUAGGCGCAGGUGUUAAACAACACGGUGCAAAGUACUGGGGCUACACAAGCUUGUGGAACAUUCUCGAUCAACCAGCUGCAGUGUUCCCCACAGGCAUGACUGUCGACAAGAACGUAGAUGUUAUAGAGGAGAACUAUGCCCCCUUGAACGAGAAGGACAAGGAGGAACAUGAAGCUUAUGACCCUGAGCUGUUCGAUGGUGUUCCAAUCACUCUUCAGCUUGCGGGCAAGCACUACCAUGAUGAGGAUGUUUUGAGGGCAGCGAAGCUGAUUGAAAGUGUCAUCAGAAGCUAA